ACAAACUACCAACAAUCGGGCACUAGCAUUUUCCAUCUUCACGACGCUACCAAAGUACCGAAACUUUGUAGUAUAAUUAUAAAAGCUCGCUAGUGAUCACCAAGAUGAACACGCUUAUUGUGUUUGCCUCUUGCUGCCUACUGUUGAGUCUGCAGGCGGCCGGUUCUCCAUUUGGCUACGACGAGAUUCACUCAAUGUCCAAGAAAUACACAGAGAAGUCUGAACCGGAAACAGCCUGGGCUAUUCCGGUCUCCGACUCCAGCGCCCCUCCACCAAUCAACGUUUCUGUAGUAACCAAUUACAUCACCACAGAGGUGCAAACGCUGGCCCAGGAGGCGGAAAUUACUUUCAUUGGUCAACUCUGCGAGCAGUCCAAAGGCUUUGAGGUAGAGGUGACCGUUCUGCUCAACAACAACCCCGACUGGGACCCUUCCGUCGGCGUUUUGUAUUACUACGUAGUUGAUGACCCAAAUAAGGGCAGUUCUGCAGCGCUUUGCAACAACUCCCCUGGCGGUACACCUCAGGCCAACUGUACCGUGAAAGCCUGGCCUAGCAACGGGGACAUCUACAUCAAAGGACACGCCGGCCAGUCAGAGGCCGUCUCCUUCACGCUGUCUGUUACUAUGAAACAAAAGGCCGGCAUCAAACCAACACCGUUCUUCUUCGACAAAUCACCGUUCCGAAAUCUGGAGAGGACUCCCAGUGCCAACAACCCCACCGUCUACCUGUCGCAGGUCGUGACCCUCUCCUCCAUCCAACCGCUGGGCUACCACAAGUCGGCGCUGUUGGCCUUCACUUUCUGCCCGACCCCUCAGACGGGCACGCGCUACGAGGUACAGAGCGCGACUUCAGCCACUGACGGGCACAGCUCCUACGCGUCCUACAUAUGCGACAAGCUUCCCUGUGUGGUUGACGGUGAAAAUGUCAUCGCGGCCAACGGAAGGCAGUUGCCUAGCAACAUCGUCCAAACGGAAUCAGGCACCUGGAAAACGUUGUACGCCCUCAUCGUGGGUUGGGGAGGUGUCUGGAAUCCCCCCAAGGACGAAUACAUCGGCCACUUUAUAUUCGACGCUCAAACAAUGUAAUGCAGCGCCCUCACUUAGACACCGCACCUCUUGUAUGACUUUUUAAGGUGCAGGUCGUUACUUGCUUGUCGUUUUUGAAUUAUGUUCGUUUGAGGCAACAAAAGCGCCCAAACUGUACUGACUGUCCAACAACCAAUUAAUAAUCUAAGUUAUGGUACCGUGAAUACCGUAGUUUCCGGAAAUAAAUCUCGAACUUUGAUUUCAAAUUAAAGUUGCUUAUAGUCUCUUGAAUUGCACCCGAUUUAAGUGUCUAUGUCGUGCACUGAAACAAUUAGGCAACACAUGGAGUCUGAAAGUCCAUGAUUACUCGAUACGGAGAACUUUUCCUUCACUCCCCUUGCAUCAGAUUUUAUUUUGAUCAAGAAUUCAUGGUUGAAAUAUCUUAAUGCCUUUUUAAAAACACCGUGUUUACUCUAUGCCCUCAACUGCGUCGAAAUGACGACACCAAAAACGUCAAGCACCAUGAAGCGAGAAAAUACAUGUGGACCAAGAAACUCCCGUGACCGAUCAUUACAAUUUGUUUGCUGUUUGAUGUAGGGUUUUAGUUUUUUUUUUUUAUAGAUUAUGAAUUUAAAUGUUGCUUUUGCUGUUGUAGAUUUAGUUAUGAAAUAUUUGCGAGGUAAAGACGUGUAGGCAUGACGUCACACGAACAUCUGGUCACAAGACAAAAUAUGCAAUGUACCUUUCAAUCAUCGAUUUUGGCAGUUCCUUGAAAUUGUGAAGCCAUGUUAUAUUGUCAAACAUACGAUGGGGUCUUUACAGUACGAAUACUGAAAAGAUUUGAAAUUUGGACGUGUAAUAUCAAAUCCGAGUCGACUCCAAUAUGCAUGGGAAACCGCCUUUGUAGCUUGUCAUACAAAAAGCUAUCCGUCUUUACCUCGUACCAUUUUGUUUUUAUUAUAUAGUGAUUACUUUUGUUAGUUUAUACAGUUACUCAGAACAGUAACAGUAGUUUCAUUCCAUCUAUCGUACUUUAACAGGAAUUGGUCUAAGCACGUUAUACUAGUAUUGUUUAUCGAAGUUCGUUUUACAUUUCACGGAACAAACGGUUUUUAGUUCUGAAGAAAUGUGGUCUUCGUAUUAAUAAACUUUCCAAACUGUAACUUUUCAAACGUACCGUUUAUGGUUUUAAAAUGGCAGAUCUCUAGAACAGAUAUCAACAUGCUUUUCCAACACUUGUACAUUGGCACUGGACUUCAUUCUUUAUUCAAAAUUACGCUUGAUGUUUAUGUUUAUCGUCUUGCAAUCUUUUUACUGAAACGAUGCCAUUGCUUUGACAAUUUGUUAUUAAAUUAUAUUGCCCCCAUGCAAUAUCAUGUAUUGGAGUCCACAAGCCACACCUGCAUAUUUCAAUCACUCUAGGAUGAGACAAUAUCUCGGACAAGACAUUUUGUUCCGUGAUUGGUAAUUGAACUUCUUUAUCGUUUCGGCAGAAGUAGUAUUGUUUAUUUGAUGGAUAGCUAACAUUCGAUUCCAACUCAACCGCUUGAUUUUGCAAUGGAUGUUUAAUUAAUUCAGCACUUUCUUAGAUUCGCGAAGUAAAAACAUACACAGACGUAGCUUCACACUAAAACCAUCAGCGCAUUUUUGGCAACGAUUUUUACUUGCUCCAACUGAAUUGUUGAACAACGUUGUGCAUAGGUCUUUAAGUAUUGUGUGUAAGUCUGAUAACACAAUACGACUGAAUAUAUAAAAAAAAAAACAUAAAAACAAAACAAAACCUACAAACAAUCCUAACUAGGCCCCCAUAUUUGGAUUAAAUAACAACGACUUUCGAAGAGCACAAACACGUGCAAAGUCGUCUUGGCAACUCGACAUACACACUGCGUUCUGUUUUUACCUCGUGCCGUUUUGUUCUCAUUUAAAUUACUUGUGUACGUUUGCAGUUAAUUAAUAAUAGAACAAUGGUAGUUACUCAGACCAAUGUUAAGCAUAUUUACAGAGUUACUAUAACUUAAAGUAGUGGAGUUUCUAUAAUGACUUAGGAACUAAAAUCUGCAAUAGGCUCAUGUCUAUAGAUAGCAAGUUGCCUUAUCUAUGCUGUUAUUGCCGGCAUAGAAUACCGAAAAGUGGCGUCACUUUAAAUCAGGCAGCGCAGUGCAUACGAAUGGAGUACGCACGCGUGUUGUUUCACGUACUGGUUCUUGCGAUCAUGUCUCUUUGUGUGACGUAUUCACUUCAAUUGUCUUCCCUCAACUCCAAUAAAUGGACCAUUUCAAAAAGACAAGUAGCUUUUGUUAAGGUAUCAAAGAUGACUACUAUAAGCUCCUUUCUUUAAUUUUUAUGCGAGUAGGCCUAAAAGUUCGGUGUAGCGUGGGUUAGUGAUUUUUAAUAAACUUAAACUUUUUCAUAAGCAUA